AUGACCGACGACAGAUCGCACGCGACGUCGCCGUCGCGACGCCCCAAGCAGUCCCGAUCGGCGUCGAUAUGCGCCGCCAGCCUGGAGGCCAUACCGCCGACGCCGGCCAGCCCGGAGGCGGCCCGGCGGCGGCGACCGGCGGCCCGCUCGCAAAGCGCCCGCACCGCCGCCGGUCACCGGCGCUCCGUCAGGCAGCGCGUCGCCGUCGCGACGCCCGCCGUCCAGAGCAACAGCGAGCCCCGGCUGGCCGAUCAGGAGCAUCAUCAGGGAGGCGGCGGGGGCGGCACGCCCGACGUUUCGCCGAACAUUAAGAGGAAGGGUAGCCAGCGACGCGGGACGUCGGUUUAUCAUAGGAAAUCGACGGCGUUUCUGGAUGUGCCUGAUGUGAGGAAACAACAACAGCAGGAUUCGCAGGAGGAGGAGGACGAGGAUUCCUAUAGAUUGAGAUCGUUCAGUUUCACUUCUAAAGGCGUUUUCACGUCGAAAACAGGUAUAGUGAACAGGGGCGACUCGUUCAGGAGGCGCCGGUCGCGCAGCAACAGCCUGUGCCCGACGGCGGCGUCGAUGGGCGGCGGGACGCCGUCGCCGGUCUCGGACGCGCCGGAACGCUCCGGAGGCGGCGGCGACGUCGCUUCGUACACGGUGGCCCUGUUGGGGGCGCAGGGCGUCGGCAAAACGGCGCUCAUCAGCCAAUUCAUGACGUCAGAAUGCAUCAACGCCUACGAUAGACAGAAAGAUUUGCUGGGAGCCCAAACGGUUUCUAUAAUGUUAAACGGCGAAGAAUCUGAAUUGACUUUUCAAAAUACAGGUACUAUUAAAGAUAUAGCGGAUAAAAUCCAUCAAAUCCAUCCUCCCGACGCCUUCGUCAUCCUCUAUUCAGUAGUGGACAAGGCCAGUUUCCUGAAAGCCGAAGGCGAACUGUGCAGGCUGCAGGACAACGACCAGCUGAGAUCCAGACCGGCCAUUUUGGUGGGCAACAAAAUCGACCUGGCCCGCAGCCGGGCCGUUUCCACACAAGAUGGCAAGUGUUUGGCGUGCACGUACCGCGCCAAAUUCGUGGAGAUCUCCGUGGGGAUAAAUCACAACGUGGACGAGUUGCUGGUGGGGGUGCUGACGCAGAUCCGGCUGAAGGUGGACGGUUUUUUGGACGGGGGCGGCGGCGGUGGUGGGGGCGGAGGCGGGGGGCACGCGCCCCAAUGGUACAAGAGCAGGGGUAUGGUGAAGGCGAGCAUGAAGGCGCGCCAAAUGUUCACGUGGCUGUUCGGCAGGGAGGAUUCCAAGUUCAAGAACUGCGAGAAUUUGCACAUACUGUAG